CCACAAUGAAUGCCCUCGUGACAAGUACGCCGAUUAUUCAUCUUUUAAGAGUUUCCCUACCAGGUUCCCACACAAUUAACUACCGUUUAAAUUUAACAAUGAAAAUAAUGAAGCGUCGUUACAUCAAUAUUCAAGCGGAUGUGUCAGGAAACGUGUUAAUACCAUUGGAUAGUGGCGUCCUCAAAGAACGAAAUUGGCUCUCAGGAACAAUUAAAGGAUGA